AUGCAUAGUAACAUUCUAAUGACUAAAACAGUAAGAAUUUUAGCUGCAUAUCUAGUUGUAUAUUUCCAAAAUGCUCAUGUAUUGGGCAACGAAUUACUGGUAAAUCGACCGAGUGAUAGAUUUUCAUUAGACAUAUCUGGCUGUGCUUUGUAUCAUAAGCUGUGUUCACAUUUGAACGAUGAUCUCGCUGUUCUAUCAUGCGCUUUAAAUGCAUCUUACAAUAAGACUCAAGUCUUAUCUCUCUGCCAACACAAGAUUUGGACUCAUCAAGCUGUACUGUUAGAUAAUGACUAUCUCAAUAAUAAACUGAAAGAACUCUGUCAGGAGGAACCUGAAAUAUUGAACUGUUUGAAUCCAAGUAAAUAUGGCAUAGAUUGUGUGCUAAAGAAAAAAUCCAGUGUCAGGGAUAAAUCAUGUUGGAGAAUGAUUAAUAAAAUUGAAUCUCUAAUUUUCAAUGAUUGGCAGAUUAUUGGUAAUUUUUUGAAGAACUGUUAUGAUGAUACAGAAGUUCAUGUAUGUGGUAGAAUUCCUCCUGAUCCAAAAAGUUUAUCACAAACAAAUACUUUGAAAUGUUUACAAAAUCAAGAUAUAAACUUGAAGCCUGAGUGUCAAUCUGAAAUUGCCGUUCUACAAGAAAUGAAGUAUGAUACACUGCAGCUAGACAAACUGAUAUUUGCAGCAUGUAAUGUGGACCAGAAGAUAUUUUGCCCUGAUGAAGUGCCAGGCUCUUGGUUGAUGUAUAAAUGUCUGUUGAGGCAUAAGUAUGAAAAUGGCAUGAGGAAAAAAUGCCAAGAUCAACUGUUUUAUGACCAAAGAAAUAUUAUUAUGAAUUAUAGAAUGAGUAAAGGAUUAGUGAAGUCUUGUAAAGAGGACAUACGAAAAUAUAGAUGCCGUAAGGGAGUAGUAGAAGACAAAGAUGUUAGACUUGCACAAAUUUUAUUAUGCUUAGAAAAUGUCAGUCGUAAUGAAAGCACAAAAUUAUCACCAGAAUGCACAGUAGAAAUGAUUGAUCAUAGAAAAAUGCUAAUGGAUGAUUAUAGACUCUCACCAGAGUUGAUGCAAAAUUGUGCCAAUGAUAUUACGGUUCUGUGUAAGGGUAUUGAAGCUGGUGGUAAAACAAUACAUUGCUUAAUGGAGCAUGCCAGACCAAGGAAAAGAAAAGAUAAAAGAAUCAGCAAGGCAUGUCAGAUGUCUCUAGAAAUUUUAGUUCAAGAGGCUGACCCAGGAGAAGAUUGGAGAGUAGACCCUAUCCUACGCAAAGCCUGCAAACCUGUUGUUGAUAGAGCUUGUAGAGAGGUCAUUGGAGGUAAUGGCAGAGUCAUGUCAUGUCUCAUGGAAAAACUUGGUACUAAUUUAAUGAAUAAUGAUUGUGAAUCGGCUUUGUUACAAAUUCAAUAUUUUAUAUCUAGAGAUUUUAAGCUUGAUCCACAGUUGUACAAGGCUUGCAAAUAUGAUGCUGUUACACUGUGCAAAGCUAGGCUACAAUGGGCAGACCUCAAUGAGCACCAAUCUGAUAAAGACCCACUGGUAUUACCAUGCUUGUAUAAUUAUGCUUAUAAUCCUGACGUCAGAGGUAAAUUGAAACUCGGGUGUGAGGCACAAGUAAGAAGAGUAAUGAGACAGAGAGCCAUCAGUGUGGAUUUGUUACCAGAGAUUGAAGACUAUUGUAUGGAUGACCUGAUUAACCUAUGCUUCGAGAACACUGGUAAAGGAGAAGAAAUAUCUUGUUUGCAAAGCAAAAUAAAAGAACUUGGAACUAAAUGUAAAGAAAUUGUUAGUAAUUUUACUGAAACACAGAGUGGCCAUAUUGAACUCAAUGCCAUAGUAAACAUUAAUUGCAGGGUGCCUAUUGAGAGGCUUUGCUCUUCAGAGCUUAAGAGCAAAAAGGAAGAGGAUGAUAUCAUGGACUGCUUGAUAUCUCAUAAGAAUGAUCCAGAAAUUAAAACAAAUUCUAACUGCAGAGCAGCUAUCGAACAUGAACAGCUUAUAUCAUUAAAGAAUUAUAGGUUUACAAGGAAAUUCAAGAAUGCUUGCAAGUCUUAUGUUGUAAGAUUUUGUCCAAAAGCGCAAACAAAGAGUCAGGUUGUAACAUGCUUAAGUGAAAUAGUAAGAAACGACACAAUAUCGAAAAGGAAGCACACAAUAUUUAAAGACUGCAGGCAGCAGUUGAGGCAACAGCUCUUCCAACAAAAGGAAAAUAUAGAAUUGGACCCUGAACUUAAAGAAGCUUGUAAAAAUGAUCUGCAGAUAUACUGCCCCAGUGUACCCCAUGGGGAAUCAGCAGCACUGGAAUGUCUUCAAACAGCAAAGGGGCAAUUAUCAGAUGCUUGUCGGAAGGCUAUAUUUGUAGUUAGGAAGCAAGAGUUUGCUGACAAUGCUAUUGACUAUCAUUUGAUUACCAGUUGUAAUGAUAUGAUUGAUUUAUAUUGCCACAACACUGACGCUGCAAAUAUUCUCGAUUGUUUAAAGGCUCAUCGCCAGGAAGCCAUCUUUGACGACAACUGCAAAGUAGUCAUAGUAAAUAGAAUGAUAGAACAAAACAUGGAUUAUAGAUUUAAUAGCAAUUUGCAAAUAGCUUGCAAAGGAGACAUUACAACAUAUUGUUCACACAUCAUUGGUAUUAACACUUUUCAUAAGAACUAUAGACACCAAUCUAAAGAAACCCAAGAUACAGAACUUCAAGGUAAAAUGUUAUACUGUUUGAAAGGAAAGUUCAGAGAAUCUAAAUUAUCAACGGCUUGUGAAAAUGAAUUGGCUAACAUACUGAAAGAACAAGCAUUAAAUUUUAGAUUAGAUCCUCUGCUUGGUAAAUUAUGUAAGGCAGAAAUACAAACAAUCUGUGCAGUAUCAAAUGAUAUCACCAGUGCUGAUGGCCAGGUUGAAGAAUGUCUAAAAAAUGCUCUCUUGAAUCAUAAAAUAGUAUCAGCGGAAUGUGCACGGGAGGUUGCACAAAUCAUUGAAGAAACAGAGGUAGAUAUUGAAGCAGACCCUCUACUGGAACGGGCUUGUGCUUUUGACUUAUUGAAAUACUGUAAGGAAUUAGAACAUGGCGCUGGCAGACGUUUAAAGUGUCUAAAGAUAAUACUCAAUGAUAGCAGUAGGAAAUUGGAGCCCAAGUGCCACAAAGCGCUUUCAAAUAGAUUAGAAAUGUAUAAGCAUGUGGCAGCUUUAAACGUGAUAGAGAAUUUUGGCGAUAUGUAUAACGAAAUAUCCUCUUCACCAUCUAAGAAGUACUUUUUAGUUGUAGGCAUUUCAAUUAUAGGGAUAAUUUUUAUAAGUGGAUUAUAUUGUGGUAAUUUAGCCAGAAAAGCUAUGUAUGUUAAACGAAAAUAG